AUAUAAAUAAACCCGAUUCCCUCGCGUAAUAGCAAUUUAAAUUAUAGCCAAACAUGAAGCAAAAAAUAGUGAUCAAGGUGACAAUGCGAAGUGAAAAAAUGCAAUCUAAAGCCAUGCAGAUUGUUGCGGCUGAACCAGGGGUGAUCUCGAUGACUAUAAUAAAGGAUGAUAAAAUGGUUGUAACUGGAGAAGGAAUUGAUGCUGCUUGCUUGAUUAUGUCUCUCAGGAAGAAAUUUUGCUAUGUGGAAAUUGUAAGCGUGGAAGACGUGAAGCCUCCACCACCUCCGCCUCCGCCUCCGCCUCCACCUCCACCUCCACCUCCUCCACCGUCCCCACCGCCAUGCCCGCCUCCAUGUCCGUCGUGCCUGCCUCCACCUUGUCCGCCAUACACACCAUGUUACUGUCCGAGUCCAUGCCAAGCAUAUGUCGUAUGUCCAGUCAAUGAUCCAAAUCCACCUAAUUGCUCCAUCAUGUGAUGGAGCAAUUUUCAGAUAAAUGAAUUUCCAGUAAUAUAUGUUUAGAAAUUAAGAUAAAUGUUCAUUUUAGGACCAAUUUAAAAUAUGCUUGCAGUAAGAGUUGAUCGACCAGACCUUUAAGAAAAUUGAGACUUGGAAGUCGUACAUGAACAAGAAGCCUAUGUUGGCAAGGGGUCGAAACAUGCUAUAAUACCACGCUUUGCCUUUA